AUGAAUUUUGAUAAUGGUGAGAGAUUUUGCCAAGGAAUGAAUAAUGCUACGCUUCUGGAAUUACGGAGGAAUACAGAUUAUAUGAUGACUGUAGACUUUUUAUUGGAUAAAAAUUAUUCACCAUCUUAUUGGAUUGGUAUGAAAAAGGCUACUUUCAGCGGUCAUCGUAGCUUUUAUUCUUGGAUAAGCACUCCGAAUUCCUACAUCUCUCCUGAAGUACUGACAAGUUUGGCGCCGAACACUUUAAGUAAUUCUACUAUCCCAUCUUGUGUUGCUCUUUCUUAUUCUUUCUAUCAUGAUAGAUGGGUUUUAGCAGAGCAUAACUGUAGCGAUGAAUUACCAUUUCUUUGCCAAAACAAUGGUAUUUUACGAGAGAUAGUGCCUUACCUUAACGCACCAUUUAAAACCGAUAACAAAUGUCAAACUGGCUGGUAUCGACCAACUGAAGAUUACUGUGUUAAAGCUUUCCACUAUGCCUUACCAGUUGUCAAAGCACGCCAAAUUUGCCAGUAUGCGAGGGCUGAUCUUGCCGAAAUUUCUUCUAGAAGAACACAAAACAUUGUCGAUCACUAUUUGAAUACAAAAGGUUUAUCCUAUUUUUGGUAUUCUUUCGGUCUAUAUCAAAGUCGAAGUAAUCAUUUUAAGUGGAUGGAAUCGCAAGAAGAAAGCCAUUAUUUUCACUGGCAUGCUAAUAAUCCACGCAAAAGUAUCAAUUGCACUGUGCUUCAUCGCCAUAAAACAGUUGAACGAAAUAUGACUUGGAAAUGGAGAUCAUAUGGAUGUGAUUCUUACCAUUCAUGGUUCAUUUGCUCUAAAAAUUUAACCAAUGAGCAAGUUACUUUUAAGUCACUACAGCAAUCUUUUACUUCCGAAUUAACGUCCUUGGAUCAUCAAAAUCAGGUACCUAUAAUAUGUUUAUUUGAUAUCAUCAAUACCGCAGUAGAGAUAAUUUAG